GCUCUAGACUCGUUAUACUUUUCACGGAUGAGUUGGGUCAUAUUUCCCACUGGAGAGCCAUCAUGGCAGGAAGUCUGGCUGGCAUGGUUGCAACCAUCGUGACUUAUCCCACUGACGUAAUUAAAACACGUCUCAUCGUGCAGAACAGACUGGAACCAUCUUAUGAAGGAAUUCUUCAUGCUUUUUACAAAAUUUAUCAUCAAGAAGGACUCCUUGCACUCUACCGAGGCGUUUCACCAGCUAUAUUAGGUGCUGUCCCAUUUUCUGCAGGCUCAUUCUUUGUUUACAUCAAUCUGGACAAAAUCUGGCGAGAACCCAUAGUUCAUUUCACUCCUCUUCAGAACUUCAUAAAUGGCUGUGUAGCAGCUGGUGUGGCACAGACGCUUUCUUUCCCCUUUGAGACUGUCAAGAGGAAGAUGCAGGCCCAGAGUCCUUGGCUUCCCCACUAUGGAGCAGUUGAUGUCCAUUUUACUGGCAUGGCUGACUGUUUCCGUCAAACUGUGAAGAACAAAGGUGUGCUUGGACUUUGGAGUGGACUCACACCCAGUCUGCUCAAGCUAACUCCUGGUGUGGACCAGAGUUUACAGCCACAAGAACUGAGAGAAUUGAAGCUACUCCGAAGGGAAAAUUUUGAGCGAAGGAAAUCAGCUCUUGAAAACUGACAUCAGAGUGUCUGUUACAAGAUAUACGUGCUACCUUUCUUAAGGAACUUUGCAAGAAAGACAUGCCGAACUACAGGUACCAGCAUCCCAGCAGAUUGCAUGGUUUUACUUCUGAGACACCAGUGCCAGGAAUGAAUAAAUCUUGUAUCUCAUUUGCUGAAUGGAUAUAAACAAUAUAAAUAGCAAGCAUAUACUGAAGAGGAGAGAUUCAACUAGUUUGAAAUCACAAUACUAUUGGAACUUGAAAUUGCAUUAUUCUAGGUGCUUUUCCAUACUGAAUAGCCAUUUUGAGAUAAAACCACUUGCAGAAAGGCAAGAGAACUGAGGUGAGACUAUAAAUGGUAUCUUCAGAAAUAUGAAGAAAAUUCAAAUGGGUUUUUUUUUAAGUAAUCUGAGAUACCGUGUCAGCCAAAAAUUAUAAACGGAGUAGAAUACAUACAAAGUGCAAGAAUUUCUACUGAAAUGUCUUUUUUUUUUAGUGAUGCUGUAUGGAUGUGGCAUUCUCUGUAUGCAGAAUUAGUCUCAGUUCAGUCACACUCCAGAAUCCAGUCUUCAGUGUUCGAGACUUACUUGAGAAUAAUAAUUUUGUAUGAAUCUUUGGUGUAAAGAUUAAAAUAUGCUGCUUAAACCAUGCUUUUGCUAAGAGAGAAUUGUAAUGUGCAAAAUGAACUGGAAUACACCGGAAUGACAACCUUACAAACUUAAGCGCAUACUAGAAAAUAUUCCCCCCUUUCUCCUAUGUCAUUACUGCAUGUACUUGAAUUAUUUCAGGCUUUGAAGAAUAGUUUUCCUGAAGUAAUUUCCUGAAAAGUGCAGUUCUUAAAUGUAUUAGGUCUUUCAGAGCCAUGGGCCUUAUGUUGUUUCGGUAUUCUUAAAGCUCUGUUUUUAUAUUUAACUACUUUUUAGUUCCUGUGCACAGACCCGGGCAUACAGUGCUGCUCCGAGCUUUCCAGGAGGAUAGCACUGUGCACACAGGCUGUGAGUUUUACUCUUUAACACUGCAAUCCAAGAGCCACCGACAGUUUCUGUAGACUGGAACCUCUCUGCAAGACCACUAGGUUAUUGCCAGUGCCAAUGCAAUUGAUAGGCCUCUGACCAGUCUAGGGAGCUUUGGGGCUAUAAAAGGUCAUCUUGGUAUUAUACCUGAGGACCUGUGGCAUUGCUCCAGUUCCUUUGUAGAAGUACAGCUAUGGAACAGCCCCAUCCUAGUGCCUUCUGAUAGAAACCUUAAACCCCGUGUCUGUGUGGGAAGGUGGCUCUGCCUCUGCGGCAUGUCCCACCAGCGUGGCAGCAUGGGAAUCACAGCAGCUCAGUCAGGCCUGUGCACAUGCGCCAUGCUCCUGCCCUGGCUGCAGCACCCUGGGCUCCGCACAGGAUUUGCCUGCUGGUUUACACAGCUUUUUUGUGUGUGUGUUUGUACCGUCUAUGUCCCUGCUGGGUGGAAGUAAAUCUCAGAAACUGUUUGUUUAAGCCAGGUCAUAGUGGGAUGAGGCAAUGACAGAUCGAUGCACAAGCAGUCUGUGACUGCAUGGAGGGAUUUGCAGAAAAAUUUGGUAUAAUUGUAAGGCUUGCCUUGCUCCUAGAACUCAACACUGAUGUACCUUACAGCAAAGGUCUUACAGUAUCUCUCUUAAUGGGCUUGCUCAGCUCUGCUGCAGUGGUGCUUCAUAUCAACGCAAGCAUUGACAGCAAAGAUUAAGAUGGUAGAGAAGCAGCUCUGGCAGCUCGUGCAUCACACUGAGGCUGUAAGUGCUUUUGCUUCUAAUGAACCUGUCUAGCAAACAUGUUUCUCUGUGCCUCAGUUUCCCCAUCUGCACACUGCAGGUAAUAAUACUGAGACUUACUGGUGAUGUACGAAUAAGAUGUGACCUGUGAGUGUGCUGGGGAGGAACGGGUUUCUAGAGUGCCCUUAACCUCGUCCAAGCAUACCUGUAUGAUUUUUACUAAUGUUGUAUUUCUAAAUAGAUUUUAAAGAUUGAGUGAUGGGUGCAUAUGAAUGUCUGAUCAGCUCUCCAAACCGGGUAAGAGUCAAGUGAGUCAGUUACCUCUAACUUGUUUCUCAUAUGCUAAUAAGACCAUUGUAUUGUAACUUACUCCACGGUUUAUAAAUCACUUAACUGACCUUUUAUCAACCAAGCCUCUACCUUUCGUAAUCACAUGUGUGCAUGAGAAAUCCCCCAAAAGGUAACGCUAAAAUAUUUAAGACAGCACUGAAACCAAGUGCUGCAGUGGUGGAUUACUGACGUGUAAAAUGGUGUACCACCGCGAAGAACCAGUCACGGGCAAGGCUGAGCCCUGAGGUCGUCACUCGAGUGACAUUUGGGUGCAGCCCCGCAGCAGAGAAGGAAGCCGGGGGUGUGUCUGUCUGUCUGUCCGAGCACCCCGUCACAGCGGGGCUCAGCCCGGUGACUGACGGGGGGAUCCCGUACGGGACGUGGAGUUCUGGGGGCCCAGCUGAGGUCAGACUUCUCUGAAGAUAAGCA